AUGUUCUGCUCUCUCGGCCCCCAGCACCUCCUCAAGUCCAAGACCUCUGCUGAGAUCUUCGAGAUCCUCGACCAGGUCUUCGAGAAGUUCGACGACGCAGUCGACCAUCACGGCAUGUACAAGUAUCAGAACGUCGGCGACUGGUACAUCAUCAUGUGCCCUCGGGCAGCGAGGCCCUUCGACCAGAAGCUUCAGGCGGAGCCCUACCCGAGGAGUCACGUCCGGAGCAUGGUCCACCUCGCCGCUGACCUCAUCGGCAUCGCCAAGAAGCAUGAUAUCCAAGGAACAAAGCUCAACCUCAAGAUCGGGAUGCACUGUGGGCCUGCAGCUGGGGCUGUGGUCGGUUCCCACAGAGCCUUCUACUGUGUCUACGGCGACACGACCAACACGGCAGCGCGCAUGUGCAAGUACGCGGCAGCGAACCAGAUCCUGUGCACGUGCUCGUUCGCCAAGAUCGCCGGGGGCUGCAAGGGGCUGCCGUUCGCGUUCGAGGCCAAGGGAAUCAUCUCAGUGAAGGGGAAGGGAGCUAUG